CCGCUAAUGUGGACCACAGAACCGAUGCACUCAUUCAGACCACUAUUAGACAGAAGUUCACGAACUGUACGGUCAUUACGAUCGCCCACCGGAUCCACACUAUCAUCGACUCCGACCUCAUUCUGGUGUUAGACUCAGGAGAGUUGGUGGAGUCGGGAACGGCAUACCAUUUGCUGCAACGAACCGAUAGUGUGUUCACGAAAUUAGUCGACAAAAGCGGUCAACAAAUGGCAAUCAGUUUGAGACGAAUGGCCCGAAAGUACUGUUCAAACAAAUUGUGUCAACGUAUUGAGGACAGGGAGGCAGACAGGGGUGAGGGUUGG